GCGGUGAUUGACAGGCGGCCGGGCCAAUGAGGAAGUCAGCCGCACAGACAAAAGCAGGCAAUUAAGGGUAAAAGACGACAAAAUAUUUCAUCAACUUUUUCUUCUCCCUCCUCUUCCUCUCUCUUGCGUGGGGAUGACGCUGGAGGGAGGAUGAAGGUGGCGGACACAAGCCAGCAGCCGUCACGUUGCAAGUAGAAGACCAACUUCAGCAGAAAGACACUUUGCAAGUUCCAGAAAAAACAAGUUCUUCGGGACUUCUUGGACGUCCUCCUCGCCGAUGGGGGCCGCGCCGGGCUCAGGCUGGCAGGAGGACGACUUGGACUUCAACUUGAUCUUCGAGGACGAAACACCCAGGCACGCCCGCGGGACGUCGCCCACUUCCAUGCCGGAGGACAGCGCCGUCGGCCGGGAGAGAAGAGAGGUGGAGGCCGCUGACGGCGGAGGUGGAGGCGGAGGUGGAGGUGGUCCAGGGACAAACCGCCACCUGGCUGCCACUCAUGCGGGUUAUUCCAUCCACAUCCCCAGCCCCCCGCCUUCGGCCAAUCAGAGGGCUGGGAUGCAUUCCCCGCCCCCCCGGAGAGCGCCAGUCAAGGAGUUCAGUGGAACCUACGAGAGCCUGCCGGCACGCUCUGUUCAGGUUUCAGAGUCCCGCGUGGUGGAGUGUCCCAGCAUCCAGAUUACCACCAUCUCCCCCGAGGACGAUCCGCCACCCUCCAACUCCUGGGACAUGGAUGGCGGUGGCAGGUGGGACAGGGAGGGCCUCUACCUCCCCCUGCUGGACCCUUUCACCUACCGCGACAGAUGCCCCGGCUCGCUCAGCCCUAGCCCUGCCUCCAGCCUCUCCUCCCGCGGCUGGCUCAGCCCGGCAUCCAGCUGUGACUCCCUGCUGACAGAGGAGGAGGAGCUUAACGAGGCCACCCUCCAUUUCGGCCUUUCGCCGUCUUCCAGGCCCACUUCCCCGAGCGGUAAGAAGCGCAGGAACUCACCCCUGGCCUCCCCGUGCUCCUCGCGAAGGGCCAGUUAUUCCGAGGAGCCGCACGGCGGCACCACGGAGGGCGCGGACUUAAGCCUGACGUCACAAGCUCCACCCAACAUCUGCGAGCUGAGCAUCCCGCAGAAAACCAGGAAGACGUCUAUGGAGCAGUUGUCUCCAAGGGAGGUGGAUCGGGAGCAGAACCCAGGUCACAGCCCCUCUUGUCCGCUUCCAGAAACCCUGCAGACCAGGAGAGAGCCCCUUACGAUGGGUAUGGACUACCUUUCGGUGCCCCCGGCUUUGGCUUGGGGUCGAACACGGGCCAGCGCUCACAGUCCUCUUUUCAGGUCCAACGCCAUGCCGCCACUCGACUGGCCCCUCCCCUCCCAGUUUGACCAGUACGAGCUGCGCAUUGAGGUGCAACCCCGUCCGUACCACCGGGCGCACUACGAGACCGAGGGCAGCCGGGGAGCUGUCAAGGCCAUUCCAACGGGACAUCCCGUCAUCAAGCUGACUGGAUACACCGAGAGGAAACCGCUUUCCCUGCAGGUUUUUGUCGGAACGGCAGAUGAUCGAUCCAUCAGGCCACAUCCUUUCUAUCAGAUACACAGGGUGACCGGGAAAAUGGUGGGCACUGCAAGUCAGGAGAGCAUCCAGGCGGGCACCAAACUGCUGGACAUCCCUCUCAACCCCGAGAACCACAUGGCCGCACUCAUCGACUGCGCCGGGAUUCUCAAGCUGAGGAACUCGGACAUCGAGCUAAGAAAAGGCGAAACGGACGUCGGGAGGAAGAACACGCGCGUCCGCUUGGUGUUCCGCACGCAUCUACCUUUGGCGCCCCCGGUAUCCCCCCCGGGUCGCAUCCUGGCUCUGCAGGUGGCCUCGUUGCCCAUCGAAUGUUCCCAGCGGUCAGCGCAGGAGUUGCCCGUCAUCGAGUCGGUCAGCCUCACUUCGUGUUCCGUGGAGGGUGGUGAGGAUCUGCUGCUGAGUGGAAGUAACUUCAUGCCCAUCUCCAGGGUUGUUUUCAUGGAGAGAUCCACUGAUGGCAAACUUCAUUGGGAGCAGGAGGCCGCCGUGGACCGAGACCACAGCAACGAGUGUUUGCUGCGUGUGAGAGUCCCUCCCUACGCCGACCUGACCGUCAGUCGCCCAGUGGCGGUCAAUCUUUACGUGUCCAACGGGAAGAGGAAACGGAGCAGCAGUCAUUGCUUCAAAUAUCUCCCCAUGAUGUUGAAGGAGGAGGAGCCCCUGUUGUCCCAGACCCAGGACAGAGGUCAGUCCAGAAUGAACAGCGACCAACAGGUGAGUAGUGCCCCCAUGUUGGAUGAGCAGAGCAGCCUUGGCUUCCACCUGCCCCCCUACUCCUCCACCUGCUCGGGCCUGGCCUACCAGGAGGAUCAUGGCAAUGAUGUGACGGCGGAUGAGCCCGGUGGGUCGGGCCCCGCCAUGUCCGAGCAUCACGACGGCUUUGAGAACCUGGAGUUGGGUUUUACUGAGCUCCUCCCCCCUCUCUACCUGCGUGGUCCUCAACCUCCGUCACCUUCCCCCUGGUUGGACUCCCCUUACCUGUCCUCCUCCCCGUCCCCUUCCCAUUCCACCUCUCUUAGCCCGUUCCCCGCCGGGAGCCCCAUCUCCACGUCCCCUCUGCCUCCGUUUCCCACUCCCCCGUACCCGCAGUACUCCAUUUUCCCUCCGGAGCUGUGCCCCCCCUCUCCUAGCCGCAUGAACCCAUACCAGGACAUAGUUUGGGCCCCCUAUUCUAAUUACGAGAGCUGGGACCCCCCUGGGAGUGCGCAGGGCUUGGGUCUCGUGGACGAGAGGGAUGCCAAGAUUCAAGGAUGUCCUCUGGAGUCCAGUAGCUCCACCCCCAUCAACCCCAUCACUUUUGAGGAAGUGACAGAGUACAUCGGGCAGGACCUGCAGUCUUACCAGGCCACGUCCCACAUGUCCCACCAGGAGCCUCACUGAUCACCACUUUGCAACUUUCCUGUCACAACGCACUUGUCCUACAGCACAACUUCCUGCUCCACUUUCACUCUACUUGUAUCUUCAUUAGCAGGACACUGAUGCCAUUUUGGCCAAUCGGUACAAGGAGGCCUUCAUUUACUUUUUAUAUAAAGCCAAACAAAUGUUGUUGCUUUUUUGCAUUAUAAAUUAUAAAACAAAGCUGA